CUUCAUUUGUAACAAAAAAAACUUUAUAGACACUACUUAAAUAUCUCAACAAGUAUCAAGAAAGAAGAAUAAAAGAAACAGAAGAAAGAUGACAACAAUUUCUACUAUGACCCUCUCAAGUCCUACUAGAGUAAUUGCCAAGGGAGUACAGACGCCUCUAAAGACUCAAACAAUCAAGUGUUCACCCAUAUUCAAGCUCAACAAGAGGUGGCCUGGUUUAAUUGGUUCGGGCCGAUCAUCUUCGAUCCAACCUGUUCGUGCAGCCCCGGAUAAAAUAUCAGAAAAGGUAGAGAAGAGCAUAAAGGAUGCCGAGGAGACAUGCACCGAUAACCCGACCAGCAAUGAGUGUGCAGCUGCUUGGGAUGAGGUAGAGGAGCUGAGCGCGGCGGCGAGUCAUGCGAGAGACAAGAAGAAAGAUUCGGACCCGCUUGAGAAUUACUGUAAGGAUAAUCCAGAAACUGAUGAGUGCCGCACCUAUGAUAAUUGAUGAGGAGGGCACUUUCAUUUCAGAGUCUGUUAGGUUCAAAGAUAUAAAUAAAGAAUGAUAUCAAUCUUUUUAUGUAAUUGUUUUUAAAUUUCUGUUACAUGCAUGAGUUGAACAGAUACCAUGUACUCUUAAUUAAUUGUUUGUAUUGAAGCAUGAUAAACGAGAUUAUUCCAUAUAGCAUAUAACCUAGCUAAGUUGUUCUUAUCAUUUGUCA